UCCCAGGUCCUGCUGUGGGCCUGGAUCGUGCUCCCAAGUGGUGUUUGGCUAAACUGGGGACCAUUCCUCAAGAGACGGUGUCUGGGGCUUGGAUGGAGAACUCUUCUCUUGGCUAUGAGUAUGGGGAUUACGGCGAGAUUCCAGAUCUCCCUGUGGACUGUGUUGGUGGCACCUGCGUCCCCAUUGACCCCCUCCACGUGGCCCCACUCCUGCUGUAUGCCGCCGUCUUCCUGGGGGGGUUGCCAGGCAAUGCCAUGGUGGCCUGGGUGACCUGGAAAGAGGCCCGCCGGAGGGUCGGUGCCACCUGGUUCCUCCACCUGGCCGUGGCGGACCUACUCUGCUGUUUGUCUCUCCCCAUCCUAGCGGUGUCCGUCGCCCACGGGGGCCGUUGGCUGUAUGGGGCCGUGGGCUGCCGGGCCCUGCCCGCCGUCAUCCUGCUGUCCAUGUACGCCAGCGUCCUCCUCCUGGCCACUCUAAGCGCUGACCUCUGCCUGCUGGCCUUCGGGCCCACCUGGUGGGGUGCAGCUGGGAGGGCGUGCAGGGUGCAGGUAGCCUGUGGGGCGUCCUGGACGCUGGCCUUGCUGCUCACCGUGCCCUCAGCCAUCUACCGCCGGCUGCGUCAGGAGCAUUUCCCACACCGGCUGGAGUGCGUGGUGGACUAUGGUGGCUCGACCGUGGCCGAGAACUCAGUGACCGCCACCCGGUUUAUUUUCGGCUUCCUGGGGCCGCUGGUGGUCGUGGCCAGCUGCCAUGGUGCCCUCCUGUGCCGUGCUACCCGACACCGCUGGCCACUGGGCAUGGCCGUUGUGGUAGGGUUUUUUGUCUGCUGGUCCCCCUACCACACGCUGGGGCUGGUACUCACCUUGGCUGCCCCACACUCCGUGCUCUUGGCCCGGGCCCUGCGGGCUGAACCCUUGGUCGUGGGCCUGGCCCUUGCUCACAGCUGUCUCAAUCCCAUGCUUUUCCUGUAUUUCGGGCGGUCUCAACUCCGACAGUCUCUGGCAGCUUCAUGUCGCUGGGCCCUGAAGGAGUCACAGAGCAAUGAUGAAAGUGUGGUCAGCAAGAAAUCCACUGGCCAAGACCUGGUCUCAGAGAUGGAAGUGUAAGCUAGAGGGAAAUUGGUUUGUAUCCUCCUAUCCCACUUUACAAGACUGGCUUCAGGCAUAGCUGGAUCCAGGGGCUUAAUGAUAUUGUCAUUUAUUCCUUGAUUCAUUCAACAAACAUUCAUUAUGCCCCCUGCCAUGUGCAGUGCAGAUAUAGGACAUUUCCAUCAUUGCAGGAAGUUCUAUUGGACAGGGCUGCUCUAGAAUCUCACCUGCUCAGAUCUUUUAAAUCACAUAGCAGUGACACCUUCACGUAGAGUCAUUACUCCAGGAUAGCACUUUACACAUAGUUUCUCCUUUAAGGUAAUUCUUACAACAACCCAGGCAGGCAGGGGGAGAUGCUUCUUUUCAUAAGCUGAGGCCCAGGGAGCAGAGGUCAUUUGCCCAAGAUCACACGCAAGGAAGUUAUAGAGUUGAGGUUUGACCCCAUGUUUACUUGACUCCAGUGCCCAUGCUCUUGAUCACCAAAAUUUUCCUUCAAUGCCUUGUUCAAAUAAUACUUCCUCCAGGAAGCUCUCCCUGAUUCAUCCCCCUCCCAGGGAGGAAGUAGUGUUCAGUUGUCCAAGUUUCUGGACCAAAAAUUCCCAGCUAAACUGUAAAUUUCCUAAGGACAGCAUCUGGGCCAAUUUAAUUUCUGUCUCUCCUCCACCCAUCCCAAGCCUUAAAAAGAGACAAACUAUAUUUGUCUAUACCCUGUUUUUUUCCAACUAGAUUGUGA